CCAAGUUGGCCACUCGUCUUGCUCCCAGUUGAGUACACACCAAGGCCAUGCCCCGCUUCUCCUCCACCCCGCCAAUGUCGCCACCCCGCCUCCGCCUCCGACUCGGCGCCCGCCACUCCUCCUCCACCUCUCAUCCCUCACGCAUCUGGGAUCCCCACGCCGCCUUCGCCACCGCCACGGAGCGUGUGCGUUCAGGCAACCUCACCCCGGAGGACGCACACCACCUGUUCGACGAAUUGCUGCGGCAGGCCAAUCCUGUCCAGGAGCGCCCCCUCAACAACCUUCUCUCCGCCCUCGCCCACGCUCCGGCGUUCGCGGCGUCCAGCGACGGCCCUGCACUCGCAGUCAACCUCUUCAGCCGCAUAUCCCAAGGCGCCCGCCGAUGUGUGGCGCACCCAACGGCCUGCACCUACGUAUCCCGAUCAUGAUUUUCCUACCCUCAGGGGGAAAGUAAAGGCCCUUCCCCCUUUGGAAGGCUGUGGGCGAGGAGGGAUUCGAACCCCCGACACCGUGGUUCGUAGCCACGAGCUUUAAUCCUCUGAGCUACAGGCCCAGCUGUCUCCACUGGAUCUCUUCCCGGGGGUACCCCUUCAUUUCAGGUUAAGAAGAUGGGAAAGCGCCUUUCUCUCUAUAAGAACAGUGCGUUCUGAGGUGUGAAGUGGGAGAGAGGGGAUGUGAUGAUUGAGGUUUUGAAUAAGACGACCUUUGCAUUUUAGAUUUGGAUCUUUUUCCGCAUCCUCAUGGACUGUUGCUGCCGCGCGUGCCGCCCGGAUCUGGCGCUCGCUUUCUUCGGCCGUCUCUUCAGGACGGGCCUGGAGGCAAACCAAGUCAUCUUCUGCACCCUCCUCAAGGGACUCUGCCACGCAAAGCGCACAGAUGAGGCUCUGGACGUGCUGCUUCACAGGAUGCCUGAGCUGGGCUGCACUCCCGAUGUGGUGGCAUAUAACACCGUCAUCCAUGGCUUCUUUAGGGAAGGCCAAGUAGGCAAGGCGUGCGAUCUGUUCCAUGGAAUGGCACAGCAGGGCGUUAUGCCCGAUGUGGUGACAUAUAGCUCGGUUAUUGAUGCGCUGUGCAAGGCCAGAGCAAUGGACAAAGCAGAGUAUUUCCUUCGUCAGAUGAUUGGUAAUGGUGUCGUACCUAAUAAUGUGGCAUAUAAUAGCCUCAUCCAUGGAUAUUCCUCUUCAGGCCAUUGGAAGGAGGCAGUUAGGGUAUUCAAAGAGAUGACAAGUCGGAGGGUUACAGCAGAUGUGCAUACUUACAACAUGUUUAUGACCUUUCUUUGCAAACAUGGAAGAAGCAAAGAAGCUGCAGGAAUUUUUGAUACCAUGGCUAUGAAGGGCCUGAAACCUGACAACGUUUCAUAUGCUAUUCUCCUUCAUGGGAGUACGACCGGACACGGCUGUUUAUCGUUCCCUAAUCCAGGGAUUUUGUACACAUGGCGAUUUGGUGAAAGCAAAGGAAUAUGUUACUGAAAUGAUGAACAAAGGUAUGCUUCCUCCUGAUAUUAUGUUCUUCAGUUCAAUAAUGCAGAACCUAUGCACGGAAGGAAGGGUAAUAGAAGCACGGGAUAUCCUCGACUUGAUGGUGCACAUAGGUAUGAGGCCUGAUGUUCCCAUCUUUAAUUUGCUGAUAGGUGGAUACUGCCUAGUCUGCAAGAUGGAGGAUGCAACAAAAGUGUUUGAUGAUAUGGUGUCAUAUGGUUUAGAACCUUGUAACAUUACGGAUGGUAUGCUUAUUAAUGGCUAUUGCAAAAAUAGAAGGAUUGAUGACGGGCUUAUUCUGUUCAAAGAGAUGCUGCACAAGGGACUUAAACCUACAACUUUUAAUUAUAACGUCAUCUUGGAUGGAUUAUUUCUGGCUGGACGAACUGUUGCCGCAAAGGAAAAGUUUAAUGAGAUGGUUGAAUCUGGAGUAAGUAUGUGCAUCAGUACUUACUCUAUAGUUCUUGGUGGACUUUGUAGAAAUAGUUGCAGUAGCGAAGCAAUCACACUAUUCCAGAAAUUAAGCACGAUGAAUGUGAAAUUUGAUAUUAGAAUUGUCAAUAUCAUGAUUGGUGCAUUCUACAGGGUUCGGCGAAACCAAGAAGCUAAGGAUUUGUUUGCCGCAAUACCAUCAAAUGGCUUGGCAGCUAAUGUAGUUACCUACAGCAUAAUGAUAAUAAAUCUUAUAAAAGAAGGUUCAGUGGAAGAAGCUGACAAUCUUUUUUUAUCUAUGGAAAAGAGUGGUUGUACCGCUGACUCUUGUAUGUUAAAUCAUAUUAUCAGAAGGCUACUGGAAAAAGGAGAGAUGGUCAAGGCUGGAAAUUAUAUUUCUAAAGUUGAUGCAAAUAGCUACUCACUUGAAGCUAAAACUGUUUCGCUGCUGAUCUCUCUGUUUUCAAGGAAAGGGAAAUAUAGAGAACACAUCACAUUGCUCCCUACAAAGUAUCAGUUUCGUGAAGAAGCGGCCACAGUUGAGUUGUUUGAUACAUGGUAAACCUUAGGUGUUGCUUGCCAUAUAUCCUUCUGCUUGUACAACAAAUGCAUUUUCUAUAUGUAAGAAGAAAUUCAGUAUAGAAGAAGCUAUCAGGAUGAUGCAAAGGGUACGAAUCAAACGGGCCCUGAACAAAAGACAGACCUAGGCCCGCCAAACAAAGCUGAAUCCGAACUUAAAAAGAAGAAGCAGCAACAAAUUAACUGAAGAUGUGCAGUAUGCUAGCCAAACACCUAUGGGAGAGUGACAAGAGGCCGAGCCGUUCACUACUGCCAGUAUCUAUGGCUUGGCCUCACAUGGAAUCGAGCCAACCAAUCCCUGGUGGUUUCAGGUGGCUCCACGGAAGAUUCAUUCAUUUCUCAGCCAGUGUGCCCCUUGUCAGCGCCUGUGUGCCCUCGUGUCUGUUUCAAGAAGGAAUUUGAAGAAGCUGAGCAGGAUCCAGAGUUUGACCGGCUUGAGAUCUAUGCUGUCGAAGCCAGAUUACAUGGGUCCAGUUGUAGCAGCCUGCACGUUAGCCUUUUCUAUAUGCUGGCAUGGAUUAUGAGGUGUACAGACUUGGUUUAGGGUACUCACAUUUUUUUUUUGGAUCGGUGCAGCACCAUGUUGAGUUUAACCCUGCAACUUGGCUCAACUUGGCUUAAAUAUUGACGGCCUCAGCAGUUUUUUAGCAGUGGAAUUAAAGAUAUCUGUGUUGUUGCACAAACUGAUGCAGAUCAAUGUUUAGAGGUAAUAUGGUUCUGACCAUAAUUUUCAUUGACAGUCAGCAUGUUCCUUUUUUAUUCAAAGUACUAUGUAUAUCAUGGUGGUACGACUAUAACAAGGAUAUAUGGCUGA